UACUUCUUCUGAAUGGUCUUUGUUUCCGAUGCCUCGGGAAACACAGACAAUCCGACAUGGGCAUAAAUUUCAUCAGCAAAUUCAACCAGGAAAGGGCAACCGUGUCUCUGAACGAUUUGGAAACAGAAGCUCAAAUCCAAGGCUGUCAAUCGCAAUUCAAUCCUCCCAAGGCUAGCCAUCACGGCGGAGUUUGGGAGAGGAAAAUUCAGUCCGCAAAGAUUUUGGAUGCGUCUCUGUUACUGCUGGGACCGAGAAGUCUUUCUCGCGACGAAUUCACUACCUUCCUGGCAGAGGCCACCUCCAUCGUCAACAACACGCCACUAAGCGACAUCAGUGAGGAUCCGAAUGACCCCGUCCCUCUGUCUCCUGCUAUGCUACUCACACUGAAAUCUUGCCCGAAUCCCACAACAUUGGAAGAGUACACCGAACGCGACAUUCUCGCCUACGGAAAAAGGCGUUGGAGACAAAUCCAGUACCUCGCCGAGCAAUUCUGGAUCAGAUAGCGUAAAGAAUACAUCCAAAAUCUCCAGCCAAGAAGGAAGUGGCUGCAUCAAAAGCCUUCCCUGAAAACUGGAGACGUUGUCUUGGUGAGA